CCUGUGACCCCAUUUUAAAGGAGAGCGAAAAGGAGUGCUAGAAAAAUGAACAGACAGAUGGUAAAGAGAAGCACACAACAUAAAGGCAAAAGCAAAAGAAAGCUGUCAGCCUCUCUUCCCCUGUCCCUUCUUUCUUUUAAAAGCCAUUUCACCCUCGAUACAAAAAUACCCAAAAGACAUAUGCAGUUCAUCAAGCUGGAGGUCUAAUUACAAAAGAAAGAGACAGCUAGGGGACAGAAAAGAAAGAAGAAGAAGAAACGAAGAAAGAAGGAAAAGAAGAAAGGAGUUGCCAUGAAGGGGAGAGAAGCCAAAGCAGCUCCUUCGGCAGAUCUUUUAGUAUGUUUUCCUUCUCGUGCCCAUCUAACCCUAAUGCCCAAGCCACUAUGCAGCCCAGCAAGACAUUCAGAGCCGAACAAGCGCCACCACAGCCACCAUCAUCACCACCACCAUCACGUUAAGAAAGCGAGCACCAGAGGUGGUGGCCAAGCUAGUCCUCUGCUAUGGGCCAAAACAAAGCCAAUGGGCUCGGAGAUCUCCGAACCUACUUCCCCGAAAGUCACCUGUGCCGGGCAGAUCAAGGUCAGGCCCAAGACGAGUUCAUGCAAAAGCUGGCAAUCAGUCAUGGAAGAAAUUGAAAGAAUUCACAACAAUAGAAAACAUAAAAAGCGACCCGGUUGGCUUGAAGCUCUUGGGUUAAAGAAAGAUAUUAUGCAAUUCUUGACGUGUUUACGAAGCAUAAGAUUUGAUUUUCGGUGCUUUGGGAGCUUUCCUGAGUCAGAUAUCACUACCGAGGAUGAAGAUGAUGAAGAAGAGAUUGGAGAAUGCCAAGACAAUCACUUGGGCACUGAGGGAAGUGAUGGCAAUGAGACUUCGAGAACUGCCUUCUCGAAAUGGUUCAUGGUUUUACAGGAAAAUCAAAACAAUAAGUUGUGCAAACAAGUGAAAAGAGAGACAAAGAGGACGUAUGAUGAUGAAUCUAUUGCUGCAUCUGCUGUUCCUCCGCCAAAUGCUCUGAUGCUUAUGCGCUGUAGAUCUGCUCCAGAAAAAGGCUGGUUGGUAGAGAAAGAAAACGAGGAGGAGGAGGAAGAUGAAGAUGAAGAUGAAGAAGGUACUGGAAAAGAAGUAAGAAAAGCAAAGAGUUUAAAGUGUUUAAUGGAGGAAGAGAAGAGAACGAAGAAAGAAAACACGGUUGUGAUGAAAUACGAUACCGAUUUCUACAAAAUUUCGUCCGAUAUAGCAAAGGAGACAUGGGUUGGUGGUGGAAUGAGAGAUCCAUUUUCAAGGAGUCGAAGUUGGAAAAGAUGAUAAUCUUGGUGACUUAAUUAUCUAUUUUAGCUAUAGUUCUUUCCCAAGUUUUAUUCUAUCCUGCUCAAUAUUAAUAUUUGUGUGGGUUGUUUUUACUUCUUUAUUUUUUUCCUGUUCCUAUGAGAUCAUGUGUGGGAACUUGGAAAAUCCAACGACCAGUCCCCAUUUGCAGUAACCUUUGUUAUCUUUAUUCCUGCUGUGAUAUAUGAAACUUGUAUCAGAUUUGUACA